AUGGCCGCAAGCAACAUCCUGUCCUUGCCGUUCCGUCGGUCGGCACACCUAUCUCUUGCGUCGACCAUCCGGCAGUACAUCAACACCAAAUAUGACCAGCACCCCGACAUGUUCAAGAGCGACCUCGAGGUGAUAAACGAGCUGCGGCAGGAGGCCAUCAACGUGCGUGACCCGCACUCGAGCGGCAUCGUCAAGCUGUUGAAGUAUGCUGCGCAGCUGGUGUGGAUCGGGGGCAAGUUUCCCAUUGAUAUUGGCGCCGAGUUCUCUUGGUACCCUGCGCUCGGGUACAACACCGAACGACCCAUCGUCCGCAACAACCUCAAGUUCGAGCUGAUGAACAUCCUCUUCAACCUGGCCGCCCUCUACUCCCAGCUCGCCCUCAACACCCCGCGCGGGAACACCGACGGCCUCAAGACGGCCGCCAACUACUUCUCCCUGGCCGCCGGCGUGCUCACCCACAUGAAGGCCACCGUGCUCCCGGAGCUGCGCAUGUCGGACCCGCCCGAGGACAUGGACGAGCACACCCUCGAGUCGCUGAUACAGCUGAUGCUGGCCCAGAGCCAGGAGUGCUUCUGGCAAAAGGCCGUCAUGGACGGGUACAAGGACGCCUCGAUCGCGAAGCUGGCCACGCGCGUGUCGGACCUGUACAACACGGCGUGUGAGACGGCCGUCAAGAGCCAGGCAAUCAGCAACGCCUGGAUCCACCACAUGAGUGCCAAGCACCACCACUUUGCUGCCGCGGCGCAGUAUCGCGCCGCCUGCGACUGCCUGGAGAGGGGCAAGUUUGGAGAGGAGAUUGCGAGGCUGAUGGAUGCGGUCGCGUGUGUGGCCAAUGGCUUGAAAGAGGCCAAGGGCGGGCAUUUGAGCAAGAUUGUCGUGGAUGAUCUGCACAGUCUUAAGAGGAAGGCUGAGGAUGAUCUGAAGAGGGCGGAGAAGGAUAAUGAUAUGAUCUAUCUGCAGGCUGUUCCACCGAAGUCAGAGUUGAAGAUCCUCGAGCGCGCCAAUAUGGCUGUUGCGCGGGUCCCCCCUCAGGUAGCCAACCCCUACCAGUAUCUAGGUGACCAGGCAGAGUAUGGUCCGGCGCUGUUUGCGCGACUUGUGCCCUUCGCUGUGCAUCUUGCCAUCUCCAUUUACGAAGAGCGACGUGACAGGAUGGUGAACCAGAGCAUUGUCCAGAAGCUCGAGUCACUCACUGAAGAAAUUCACAACCUGCUGGCGUCUCUUGGCCUCCCUGGGUCCCUGCAGGCCAUGGAGAAGCCCAUUGGGUUACCGCACUCUCUGGUCCAGCAUGCCGAGGAUAUUCGGCAGGCCGAUGCUGUCCAGCGGGUACACAGGAGCUUUGCCGACAUCGACAAGCUCCGGUCGUCGGAUAUGGCCAUCUUUGACGAGGGGAAGGAAUCUUUGCUGGCAGAGGAGGAGGAGGACCAGAGGCUACGACGGAAGUACGGCACGGAUAGAUGGGCGCGGGCAGACUCGGUCAAUGACCCCAAGGGAGCCGAGCUCAGGACUGUGGCCACGGAGAUUGAGGGCUACAUCGCCAGCAGCACGAGCAGCGACCAGAUUGUGAGGGAAAAGUUUGCAGCUAUCGAGAGGGUGCUGAAUGUUCUCGCGGGGCCGGACAGAGUGCUUAUGGAGUUUGUACCGGCGUCGCGAAGAACAGACUCAUCGGAAGCGGUGAGGUCGGCGGUCGGCAAGCUGAGGAGCGCGUACAGCGACGUGCUGAGGCUGGAGAGCCGCAGGAGGAAGAAGGUGGAGACGCUGAGGGAGAACGUCAAGCGCGAUGACAUCAAGCCCGAUAUUCUCAAGGAGUGUGCACGGCUGGAAAGGACGUACCCGACGGCUACGAUCGUGCCUGCUCAUUUUGAGGACUUCUUCGACAACCGCCUGGACAAGCUGUACGAGCCAGAGGUGGAGGGGCUUGCCAAGGAAGAUGAGGAGCAGGAGAAGGUGCUAGGCGUGAUUGAGCGGGCGAACAGGGAGUUUGAGUCGCAGAAGAGACUGCACAGUGAUCGUGGCACCAAGGAGCGCGAAGAGGCGCUGCAGAAACUGGACAAUGCGUACUUCAAGUACAAGGAGGUGGUCAACAACUUGGAGGUGGCACGCAAGUUCUACAACGACUUGAACAAGAUUGUCAGCCAGGGCUUCCGAGAUAGAGUCAAGAACUGGGUGGCAGAGAGACAUUUGGAGGCUAGGCAACUGGAAGAGUGA